AUGCCCUGCCAUAUAUUUAUGAGGAUACUGAAUUAAGAGAUGAACCGUUAUCAGGAGAUCCCAUACCUGCUACUGACUACUGGUACUUACAUCAUAUCUAUACCAAAGAUUUGAUUGAGAAUUAUGAACUUGUUCAGGUAUGGAGAGAUUACUUCGACGAAUACAAUGCAAAGACCAAUGAUGGUGUAGAGCGUAUCAUAAUUACCGAGGGAUUCGCUGAUGUAUCUCUGAUGUGUUUAUACUAUAAUUAUGGUGCUCAUGUUCCGUUCAAUUUUCUCUUUAUUAGAAACGACAGUGUUGCCUUUAAUGCCGAAACUCUGUCACCUGCAGGAAUCAAGAACAAUAUUGAUCAAUGGCUUAACUGCGUGCCUGAAGGUGGAACACCCAACUGGGUCAUUGGCAAUCACGACAGACCUCGCAUGGCCACGCGUUUCGGAUCAGAGAAGUUAGACAUGUUAAACUUUGUUUUACUUUUGUUACCUGGCGUCAUGACGGUUUACAAUGGUGACGAGAUCGGCAUGACGGAUACGUAUCUAACAUGGGAGGAAACAGAAGAUCCUCAGGCUUGUACCACUGAUCCUGGGCGUUAUCAGCCAUAUUCUAGGGAUCCUGCGCGCACGCCUUUCCAAUGGGAUGAUUCUACGUCAGCAGGAUUCUCUACGAACACCACGGUGUACCUGAAAGUGAACGAGAAAUAUCGUACACUGAAUUUAGCGGCGCAAAAGGCUGCCGAUAAGAGUCACUAUAAGAACUUCCAGGCUGUCAUGAAGCUCAGGAACACGACGGUGGCCAAAGAUGGAGCCCUGAAGACACUUGUUAUCGGCGAGGAUGUCUUCGCCAUGUCCAGAGAAUUGGAUGGUCACGACCCCCUGCUCGUUGUUAUUAACUGGUCGAAGUCUCCGGUAACAGUCAGUCUUGAUGACUUCAGUAACUUCAGUGAGAAGCUGCAAGUGCUUGCGUCGGAUGUUAAUAAUGAUCUCAAAGUUGGAGACACUGUAUCCAGGAGCAGCAUUACCUUGCAGGGAAAUGCAGCUUUAAUAAUAACAUAGUUCUAUGAUUAUACACGGUGACUUAUAAAGUAUUUAUAUCUGUUCAGGAAAAUCCAAGUUCCAUUAGCUAAAAUCUGCAUCAGAAAGCACAUUGAGCGACUGGAGUUAUUACUGAAUAUUGUGAUCGGAUUGUAACUUCCUACCUCGAUGCAAUAAAAAAUAGUGUGCCCAACAGAAUUCUCUAUUAUAACUAUUGGAUCAUUGUAAAAAAUAACGGUUCAAUUUUAUUGAAAUAUGUUUCCAACUAUGUGCUAUGAUUGAAGUUAGUCCAUGAUGAACAAGCAGAGCUUGCGGACACGGCCUACACUGCCUGAUGGAUCUGUUCCAGUAGUUCAAAUGCGCAUUCGGUAUUACAGAAUAUAAUCGUUAAGCAUUAAAAAUCAUAGAAAGUUGGAAGAACCAAGAAAUUACAUUCUAUCAGUUGUACCAGAACAGCCUGACAUGUAUUUCCACAGCUGCUUCUUAACAUUAGAUUGCUAACUCUAGUUAAUUCCUUGCUAGAUAUGGAUUAUGUACACGUGUUGAAAUAUUAUUUAGCUGCGCAAAUUGUAUAAACAGCUGAAUGAUAAAAUAAAAGCAGUACAUAAACGAUCCAAUCGGUAUAUAUAAGAAAACCGUGACCUGCUGAA